AUGGCCCCCGCGGCUGCCCGGCCCCGCGCCGCCCUGGCCCUGGCGCUGCUGCUGCCGCUCGGCGCCCUCGCAUCCGAGUGGCCCCCCCAGAAUGCCAGCGAGGCUGAGGGGAGAGGCUGGGAGGGCUCCCUGGAGAGCAGCCCCCCGCAAUGGGACCCGGCAAGCAGAGACCUCGCGGGGGGGACCGGCAACGGCACCAGCCCCGGGGGGACCGCGGCGGGCGACGAACCCCCGGCAGGACCCCAGCUAGAGCCCGCUGAGCGGGGCACAGCCGCCACCACGGACCCGGCGGCGAUGCCGGAGGGGUGCGCGGGGUGUGCCGGGGAGGGCGACGCCAGCGCUCUGCCCCCCAAAGCCGGCUCGGUGGAGGAUGGCCAGGCGGCAGUGACCUGGCCCGGUGACGGGGGGACGGUGGUGGUGGCACUCAGCAGCCCCGAGGAGCCGGGGAGCGGCGAGCGGCCCACGCAAGCCUCCCUGCCCAGCCCAGGGGUUUUUGGGGGGCUCACGGCCGCCCCGCCGAGCCCCCCCGGCCCGCAGCUCGCCACCGACUCGGCUGAAUCCGACCUGCUGCUGGCAGCCGGGGGCUCGGCCGCGCCGCGGACCCCUGUGCCAGGCGACCGCAGCCCCAUGCCAGGUGCCACAGGGGACUUGGGGCGUCCCCCGGAGCUCUGGGUGGUCGCAUCCAGCCCGGCCCCGGCGCAGGGAGCUCGCGGCCGGACGGAUCUGACCUGGCUGGAGGCGGAGGAGCCCGUCACCGCCGCCACAGGUCCGGCCGAGCCGCCGGCCGACCAGACGGCCUCGGAGAUCAUUGACGUCGACUACUACGACCUGUUUGAGGGGGGCGAGGGGCUGGGGGGCUUCCCUGGGGGCGGCCGGGGGGCGGCCGGCUCGGCGCAGCGGCGGGAGCCGGAGGGGGCGGCCACGCCAUGGGCCCUCCACGAGCUCUACGACGACUUCACGCCCUUUGACGAGGCCGAUUUCUACCCCACCACCUCCUUCUACGCCGAUGGGGACGAGGAGGAUGAGCUGGAGGAGGAUGAGGAGGAAGAGGAGGAGGAGGAAGAUGGGGAGCUGGAGGACGAGAACAGCUACCGGCCACUCGCCUCGGCCGUGCCCGGCGCCCAGCCGCCCUCCAGCGUCGCGGGGGGCAGCCCCACAGCGCGGCCGCGGCCGGGGGAGCGGGGCCAGCCGGAGAACGGCACCGAGUGCCGGAGCGGUUACGUGCGGCACAACAGCUCCUGCCGCUCCGUCUGUGACCUCGUCCCCAGCUACUGCCACAACGGCGGCCAGUGCUACCUGGUGGAGAGCCACGGAGCCUUCUGCCGGUGCAACACGCAGGACUACACGUGGCACAAGGGCACGCGCUGCGAGGCCAUCGUCACCGACUUCCAGGUGAUGUGCGUGGCCGUGGGCUCGGCCGCCCUCGUGGUGCUGCUGCUCUUCAUGCUCACCGUCUUCUUCGCCAAGAAGCUCUACCUGCUCAAGACGGAGAACAGCAAACUGCGCAAGACCAAAUACCGCACCCCGUCCGAGCUGCACAACGACAACUUCUCCCUCUCCACCAUCGCCGAGGGCUCCCACCCAAACGAUGACCCCAGCGCUCCCCACAAGCUGCAGGACUCCCUGAAAUCCUGCCUGAAGGACGAGGAGCCGUUUAACAUCCACAACUCCACGUCGCCCAAGCACGACGGCGGCAGCAAAGGGGAGCAGGACGGCGGCGAGCUCAACUGUCUGCAGAACAACCUGACGUGA